GAAGUCUGAAGACGGACCGAGCAAAUCACAUGAUCAGACCUCGGAAAGGCUCCAAAUUAGUGAUGUUCCCUUCAGGCCGGGAUUACCUCCUCCCCGUCUCUCCCGCUCUUCCUCCCUUCCGCAGCAGAGCAGCCGUCCAACGCCAGGAGUCUGAGCCCUGAGAGCUCUGCCUGCGCUCACCCACCCACACAAACACACACACAUACACAAGCGCACGCACACACACACACACGUACGCACACACGAAUACACUCAGACCUUCACGCUCUGGCAUACUGCUCAUGGUCGUUGGCCUGCCCCCCUCGGCUGCUGCUCCUGUCGUAGUGUCAGACCAUGAAGAGGCCCAAGCAGCAGACAGGGCCGCUCAGCUUCCUCAACUUCUUCAGUCGGAAGCCCAAAUCGGAGGCGAGGAGCGAGCGGCCCGUGGAAGCCCGACCCAAAGAGGAGGUGGCCAUCACGCUGACCCCGAGCGAGCAUCCAGAGCAGGUGAGGCAGACGCCCUCUGCCUUUUUUUGCAGAGAAGGAGGAGGCCCGGCGGCGGCCGAGGCGUGCGAGAGCGGCGACGCCACGGCCGGCGGCGUGGGCGGGGUCGGCAGCGGCUCCACCGGCGUCCUGUCGCUCUCCUCCUCCAGCCAGGAGCAGCUCCUGGAGGAGCACCUGGAGGAAUGCCCGCUGUGCCUGCUCAGCCAGCCGCGCUGCCACUUCCCGCGGCUCACCUCCUGCUCCCACCGGGCCUGCUCCGACUGCCUCCGGCAGUACCUGCGCAUCGAGAUAUCGGAGAGCCGGGUGGGCAUCGCGUGCCCGCAGUGCCCGGAGACCCUGGCGCCGCUGGACGUCCGCGCCAUUCUGGACGACAGGGCACUGCUGGAGCGGUUCGAGGAGUACCAGCUGAGGCGGUUUCUGGCUUCGGAUCCAGACACGCGCUGGUGUCCUGCACCUGACUGCAGUUAUGCAGUGAUUGCUUACGGCUGUGCAGAGUGUCCCAAGCUGAGCUGUGGCCGCGAGGGCUGCGAGACGGAGUUCUGCUACCACUGUCGGCAGCUGUGGCACCCCAACCAGACCUGCGACCAGGCGCGGCGGCAGCGAGCCCGCCACACUUCAGGCGGCAACGACCCCUCCACGCUGUACGUCUUCAAUGAAGACCCGGGUGGAGAUGCAGAGGAGAUCAAGGCGUGUCCUCGCUGCGGUGCCUACAUCAUGAAGACCAACGAUGGCAGCUGUAACCGAAUGAACUGUACUGUGUGUGCCUGUCAGUUUUGCUGGCUGUGUAUGCAGGAGAUCACCGACGUGCACUACCUCAGUCCCUCAGGUUGCACAUUCUGGGGGAAGAAGCCAUGGUCUCAAACCCGCAAGGUCCUGUGGCAGGUGGGCAUGUUGCUGGGAGCGCCGGUGGUCAUCUCCCUCAUCGCGGGCAUCGCCAUCCCAGUCAUCAUUGUAGGCAUACCAAUCUACAUGGGCCGCAAGGUCCAUGGCCGUUGUAAGAAAAACAAUAUCUCAGGAAGCAAGCACUACUUGACGGUGGCGAGCGGGGUCAUGAUGUCAGUGUUUGUGUCGCCGGUCAUAGCAGCUGUCACUGUGGGUGUGGGUGUGCCGUUAAUGCUGACUUAUGUCUAUGGGGUCGUCCCCAUGUCGCUCUGUAGGAACGGGUGGUGUCGGCCGCAGAGUGAACCUCCUGAAACACAGAAAAUCCAACUGGAAGACUUAGCCAGCUAUCUUCUAUUCUCUCAUGUAGUCAGUGAUCACUGGACGGGUCAGAACAACUCCACGCUCAGCGACACCAGUGUUCAGGAGGUCAGAGUCAGUGUGCAGGAAGUGGGCGUCCUUCCCAGCACUAGCACCACUCCUCCGGAGCUGGAGAGCUACGUGGCUCUGGACGAAGCCACUAAACGCCACGGAUACACCCAGCAGGACAGCCAGUCUGACUGUGAGGUGGUUAUAGUGCCUGACAGCAAGCCUGAAGACACACAAGUGCUUCCUUUGAGGGAAGGAACUAAUAUCGAGGUCCGCGUUGAGAUUGAGACUCAUCACAGAGGCGCCCGCCAGUCCAGCCUCAGUAGCAUCCUGUCUAGCCGGAGCUUGUCGGUGGAGUCGCUGGGACACUCGCAGUCCCAGUCCCAAGACUACCUGUGUGCCUCAGAACUGGAGGAGAGGAGAGAGGGCGGAGGAGAGAGGCAGGAAGGGAGGGAGAAGCCAGGCGGGGAAGACGAGGGGACGGUCUACCCAGUCUUCGAAAUAGACGGUGUAUGAGGUCCUUCAGGGCAGGUUUUUGUACUUGGUUGGAGAUCACGCCAGGCUUCAUGGAAACGGACUCGCUGGAUCAAGACCAAGGCCUCCUCCUGCUUCCAACAUGGGCCCCCUCUCACCAGAUGCCUUCUAACUCCACCCUCUUAAGGAAGAUGCGGGUUUAAGAGAGCAAAU